AUGAAAGAGGAGGAAGCUCGGCAGCGGAAGAAGGAGGGCAGGACGAAAAAUGGAGAGCGAUCCAGGCACAAAGCAAAGAGCAAGGGUAAACACAAAGACAGCAGACUUGGCAGCCAGGAAGCAGAGGAGGUCCCUUUGGUCUCACAGCAGAAGCAGCCAGCCGAGGGGAAAGGGCUCAUGGCAAAGUGGCAGGACGAAUCGGCCAUUGCAAUUGGCCUGCAGGUGCUCCUGCCGUACCUGUUAGCAGGGCUUGGCAUGGUCUUGGCUGGGAUGGUUUUGGACUAUGUUCAGCACUGGGAUGUGUUUCGGACAAUUACAGAAGUUUUUAUCCUGGUUCCUGCCCUGGUUGGCUUGAAGGGUAACCUUGAAAUGACCCUGGCAUCCAGACUCUCUACGGCUGCUAACACGGGACAGAUGGAUGAUACCCAGGAACAGUGGAAAAUGGCCACCUGCAAUUUAGCCCUGAUUCAGGUACAGGCCACUGUAGUGGGGCUGCUGGCUGCCAUAGCUGCUGUCAUCCUGGGAGCGAUCUCAAAGGGGCACGUGGAGCUGAAUCAGGCCGCAGUGCUCUGUGCGAGCAGCGUGACAACAGCAUUCAUAGCUGCACUCUCCCUAGGUCUGGUGAUGAUCGGCGUGAUCAUUGGUGCGAGGAAGGUGGGGAUAAAUCCAGACAACGUCGCCACGCCCAUAGCAGCGAGCCUUGGAGAUUUGAUAACCCUUUCUCUGCUAGCAGGAAUCAGCAGCACCCUCUUUAAAUACAUAGAUGUGAAAUACCUUUCGCCUCUGAUCUGCGCUGUGUUUGUUAUCAUGAUUCCUCUUUGGGUUGCUAUUGCCAAGCAAAGUCCGUCUAUUGCUGAAGUCCUGAAGUCUGGAUGGCAGCCGGUGAUUGUUGCAAUGAGCAUCAGCAGCAUUGGUGGGCUGAUCUUGGACAAAACUGUAACUGACCCGAACUUUGAAGGAAUGGCGGUUUUUACACCCGUGAUUAAUGGUGUUGGUGGGAAUCUGGUAGCCAUCCAAGCCAGCCGCAUCUCCACAUUCCUGCACUUCUGGAGCACGCCUGGAGUCCUGCCCUACAAGAUGAGGCAGAACUGGCCCAAUCCAUGCACUACGUUCUUCACGUCAGGGGUGAAUUCCAAGUCAGCCCGCGUCCUGUUCCUGCUGGUUAUCCCCGGACACCUGGUGUUCCUGUACACCAUUCGCCUCCUGCAGGGCGGGCACACAGCCAUCACCUUCACUUUUGUGAUGUUUUAUCUGACUGCUGCUUUGCUGCAGGUGGGAAUCCUGCUCUACAUGGCUGAUCUAAUUGUGCGACUGGUGUGGAGGAAGGCCCUGGAUCCAGACAACUUCUCCAUCCCCUACCUCACUGCCCUGGGCGACCUCCUAGGCACGGGAUUCCUGGCACUUUGCUUCCGCUUGGUUUGGCUCGUCAAUGGGACUGAGAUGAAACUGGGAAACUAA